GCGCGUGUGGCGGGGCCGGGCGGACACUCCGGCGGGCACCGAGCGGGCGGCUGCCGUUUCUCUCCUUCCUUCCCAGCCUCCCUCCUCGGCUCCCCGUGCCCUCUACCCCCGCGCUGCCGGGCGGGCAGAGCCGCCCCACCGAGUCUUAGCAUCUUUUUUUCUCUCUUCAAAAUUAAGAAGCUUCUCUGAACUCCAGUUCACCGUCUAGCAUUUAGAGGUUUUGAGGCAGCCUGUGUUGAACCUUCCACCACCCCUGCACGACUGGAUACUGUGAACAAGGACCCUGAACCCAAAGAUCCAUAUCCCAUUCCAAGAAAGAUUAUGGCUGAACCAGACUACAUAGACGAUGACAAUCCUGAGUUAAUUAGACCUCAGAAAUUAAUUAAUCCUGUGAAGUCAUCCCGGAAUCAUCAAGAACUCCAUAGAGAACUGCUUAUGAAUCAGAAAAGGGGUCUUGCACCUCAGAACAAACCGGAGCUACAGAAGGUGAUGGAGAAAAGGAAACGAGAUCAAGUUAUUAAACAACAAAAAGAAAAGGAAGCACAAAAGAAAUCAGACCUGGAAAUAGAGCUACUGAAACGACAGCAGAAACUGGAGCAGCUGGAACUGGAGAAACAAAAGAUACAGGAAGAGCAGGAAAAUGCGCCUGAAUUUGUCAAAGUCAAGGGCAACUUGAGGAGGACGGUCCAGGAAGCAACAGAAGCACCGGAUUCCUAGAGCCAGCGCCUGCUAAGACUUCCAGCUUUCCUGCAGAGAGAGGCUUUUGCAAGUUGUCUCACAUUUGCCCCUCGAGAGGGAAAAUAAGGGCAUCCAGCUGACACUUACUGAAGAUGAGAUUUUUAAUUCCUGGGACGUGUGGAUUAAAAAGACAGUAUCGUAAACAGAUCGACUUGCCAAAUACAGUCCUGAGAUCAAUGGAUAAGGAGUGUCUUUGUCAGUUCAGUGUCAUGGACCAGGCUGACGUGCUUACUCAGAGAUUUUAACCAGGGAUACUAGAGAAACUCCUUCAGUGUUGCACUGCUUUAACUCUUGUGAUCCUAGUUGAGUGGAGAUACACAGAUUUAUAUUUUGCUUUAAAACAGAACAAAAAUCCUCCUGUGAUAUCUUAUGAAGCUUUGCUGUGCAGGUAGAUUUCCUCCAUCUAGACCUACAGCCUGUGCAUAUCCCAGAAAAAAUUGUGUUGGAAUUUUUAGCAAAUCUAGGAGGAUAUGUUGAUCACUGCUGCCCAUCCCCACUAGGAUAGGCAGGUGUGGGCAAGAUGAAAAUGCUUAAAAUUCACCAGCAGUGAAAAGUUAAGCAGCCUUAAAGCCCAUUUCUUGCUGUUUGGCAUGUAGAAUUUGGGCUAUGAAAGAGCAGAAAUCUGAUGAUCUUUUCACCAGGGAGACUCCAGAAACUGAUGUAUCUCUGCCUGUAACUUACACUGUUGUGAACAGGGCUGUGCAGUGCUACCUGUGAAUUUACCUCUUAAAGCAAAAUGACCUGUCUUCUUCUUUCUGUGUUUUGAAAUCCUGCUUUCUUUGGUGUUGUGGCCUUUCUCCUCCAAGGACAUGCUGAACUGAUCACAGUGUUAACACAUUACUUGGUAGUUUCAAACUCAUUUGCUGGAACUGAAAUCAGUUCCUAUCUGCCAUCAGUUGCUGAUCUUUGUUUGCAGGAACAUCUUGCAGUUUCUGCAGUAGAGCAUUGUCUAAGCCAGACCAAACAGAUAAUUGGAAUAUACUGAAAUGGAAUUUUUUUCCUCAAAGUAAGGCAUAAAAUGAAACUCAUUUUAUCCCGCCUUUCCUUUAGCCUCAGGAAGGAAGGGAAAUGUGUUACUACUGGAUCUUCAGGUCCAAUUCUGUCAUUUUCUACCUUUCCACAAGUUGCCCCUGUGACUUGCCAUUAAAUAAAAUAUUGCUCAGCUUGCACAGGGAUGACAGAAUCUGAUCCUUCAUGCUUAUGACUACUAGUUAUCCAGGAAAGCCUGGGAAGAGGAGUGGGGAACAGAUUGCCCAUGUAGGAUUACAGAAUUGGGUUCUUACCUGGUGUGAUUGGGUGCAGAAAGAUUCUUACCUAGUGUGACUGGGGAGAAAUCCUCAUCCUCCUUGUUCUGCACAGUCCUAGUUGUCACUGAAGCUGUGUUCAUCCAUAUCAGCUGAGGAUCUAAUCCCUAGCCUUUGCCUUAGGAUGCUAAACACAAUAAUUUCUACUUUGUAAUUACAUUGGACAUAACUGCUUGAGAACACUUUUUAUUAAUAUCAACAGUGACGUGUUUGUAUUGUAAAGGUGGUGGGGGAGGGUUUGUUGGUUUGUUUUCUGAGUUCCUUUUGCUUUUCCUGUAAGUAUUGGCCAUCUUAAAUAUAGUUUCAGCCUAGCACUUAGGACAAAAUGCUCACAAUUAGAAAUGUUUCCUAGGUACAGACUUUAAUUUGUCAAGAUACAGGCAUUUUUUUACAACGACAUAAUCAGAUUGAGAGUAAAUUGAAUUGUGAUAAGUGUAUUGCCAUUGACUUAGACUUACAGUGUGACUCACAUCUAGAAGAUUAAAUGUGAAGAUUGUCUAACAGAUUGUUCAGAUUAGGGACAUACAAAAGACAAAGGCCAAACAUAGGACUCUUCCAUGUAUUUUUUCUCAACAAAGGAACACGCUGAAUGCUGCAGGUUCUUCACUGUCUCCUUCACUUCUCCUGGCAGGAGAGGAUCUUCUUUUCUGGCAGCACAUUAUUCAAACAUUUGCACUGACUGAGUUUGUUUCAUGUUGUUGAGACAGCCGUAUAUAGGAGCCUCCCACACCACGCUCAUGCUUUGUGUUAGCCACUCCCAGCCUACCAGGCAUCAGCCUCUUGCUUUCAACUCCUUGUUAAACUUCUGCUCCGUAUGCAAAAGUCUAGAAGUCAGCGGGGAAAUCCUCCUCUGGCUUGAGCAGACCAUUCCUUGUCAGCCAUUUCCCCUUGGUGAACAUGGCACUCCUUCCACACGUGCACAGUGAAAUGAAGUCAGUGGCACCGGGGUUGGUGGGGAACAGGGACCUUUUUUUUUGGCUUCAGUGGGUGUGCUGGACUGAGCCCCUCAAGGUUGAGCGCAUUCUGCUUUCUCCCCCAGCUAGCUUGAGAUUCAGGGUAGAGUUUCUCUUUGUGAAACACAGGAGGCCAGAAAACUCCCUUGUACAUAAGGCAUGAAGUUGUUUUUUUUUGGUUUUUUCAGUGGAAUUAAUUCUCCGUGUGAACAGAACAUCAGCGUGUGUGUUGAAACAUCUUUGAAUCCUGCUAACCCUUUAGUCUAGGAACCCCAGCCACCUCCAUGUCGUUUUGACAGGCAAAAGCUUGUCUUUGAAGUCAGGAUUGGGCAACCCUUGAAUGGGGGGCCAGCUAGUCACACCACAAGUGUCCUGUGCGGCUACUCAAGUAAGAAACUGCUUGCCAGUGAGCGUAAGCAAUUCCUGCUCUGCCCUUUAGCUAUGUGGGUUUUUGAAGCAAUCCAGCAAAUACUUCAGUGAUUUGAAAAUUGCUCACUUACCACUUUGUACUUUUUUAAAACUCUUGCUUUUGAUAGUAUAGUAGUAGAUUUUUUAGCAUUUUUGUGGCUUUAACCUUCUGUUAAUAUCUGCACUUGUUUGAGUGUACAUAUAUAAAUAUAUAUAAAUAUAAAAAGGGAGCCUUAAUGGAUUUGUUUUCAUAAUUUAAUAUUUUUUGUAUUUGCUCUUGUAUAAUUGUUUUUAACUAAAGGUAUUAUGAGAAUGAGGGUGGAAUACUUAGAACCAAAGUUAUGCUUAAUAAAAUCUACUACAUGCUUGGUGUA